GCACGUGACGCAAGCUGAGUGCAUUAUUGAGUUAUAAUGAGCUCAAUAAUUGCUUCACUCUCGCAAUUCCUUGUUAAAUACCACGUUAGAAAUAGAAUUACAAGAUCAUCUAGCAACCCCUGGCAAGUUAAUCAAGAAACAGUUUGAUAUAUUCCGAUCUAGUGAUCGCAAGUAACUUGCCUCAGUCCCCUUCUCGCUUCCACAGCUGAAUCAAAAUAACUUUUAGUUGUUCAUGAUGUGAUGACGGCGUUCCUGAUGGCAUUUUUGCGUGUUUUCGCCUAGUUAAGGCAAUAUAUCGUAAGUUUAUACGCUGACCGAUAUUCGAUUUCUUUCAUAGGAUGAUUGAAAAGGAUUAUUUUUUUACAAUGGUAACCUAAAACAUGCCAUAAAUUAACGUUACGACUGGACACAACAUUGUUCAGCACGAACAUCUUAGAUCACGCCAUGAGACAUUUCUCACGCGAAGUUCCAAUUUACUUUUCGAAAUCUGAUGGCUGGGAACACAAGACUCAACAUUCAUCAUCAACGAAUUGUGCAGCCGUUAUAGUGGUCAAGGAAACAGCGAUCAAGAUACAGAACAAGCCUGUGGCAACAUUUGCAUUUGACUUGAAAAUAAUUAGUUGCUAUGGCGACUGCUUCUAAUAUUUACAAAAUUUUCCUCUCAUGCGCGAACUUUCAGCGCGUUGUUCAACAACACCCGAGCAACAAUUAGCGCUUACAUGUCACCCGAUGCGUCACAAACAUUAACGAACCGUUCGAGAACAGAACAAAGGAAAAAGCAGGAUAUUUUUCGAUUUAUUUGGUCGUUGUAUUUGGACAUGUGCCCUAUGAUGGACGCCGCGGUGAUGAAGCAACAUAGCGAGUUAGACGCAGACUACCUGGUUCUGGCAAGCAUCGAAACUUCCUCAUCAGAUGAUGAAAGCGAAAGCGACGAAGGUGAUGUCUUCAGCGUGAGUUGCCACGGAAGUCAUUUUAAACAGCUGAAGGAACAACCGAAGCAAUGCGACGAGCUCGCUAUCAAGAGAAGAAAGCUUCACACACAGCUUAACUUGCUGAAUUCAGAUCUUAUGUCGAUGACAUUUGGCGGGAGUAGGACAAGCCCUGAUCAACCUUCAUGUGGUUUUGUUUUUGAUAAACGCGCAAGGAAAGUACCGCGAAACAAACGAUUGUCGCGAAAGAUCGACGCUACUGGAUCGAAAACGCGAAGAAUUUCACCCCGCACUGCUUGAAUGCGAAGAACUGUUAGACGCCGAUAUCUCGACAAAGAAAAGCUCUGAAUUGCCUUAACGGCCUGGCCGAUGGCAAGAAAAAGAACUUUUAACGGAGCACUUCUGAGAAUAAGCUAGGAUUUCGAAAGAGAACAAUAAGUUCUCUACUGCAAUGGAUGUUAUUCAAAGAGCGCAAAGAAUACUCCAGAUUUAGAGCUGGAAAAAAAAAAA